GAAAUAGCCAGGUUGGGGAGACGUCAUCAGAGACAGUAUCGGGGAAGAAGCCGGUGGUUCUCCAACCCGGUGGCAGUCUACCAAGAGGAAGGACAACAAAGUUUUUAAAUAACAGAAAAAUGGCGACAAAUGUGGACCUGGACCAGACCCCAGAUGCCACUGCAGAGAAAUGCAGCCGUUUUGAACUGCUGGACUGGCUCAAUAAGACCCUGGACAUCAAAUUCACCCGGGUGGAGCAGAUAUGCUCAGGUUCCUGCUACUGCCAGCUGAUGGACUGGAUCUUUCCUGGGUGCAUCGACCUCAGCACAGUGAAGUUCCAGGCCCAGGACAUGUCAGACUUCCUCCACAACUACAAUAUGCUCCAAGCUGGCUUCAACAAGACUGGUGUCACCAAGCCUGUUCCAGUGGAGGAGCUGAUAAACGGAAAGUUCCAGCCCAACUUCAUAUUCCUGAAGUGGUUCAAGAGGUUUUUCCAGGCUAACCUGGCAGGGCAGGUGUAUAACCCUGCGGAGGCUCGCCAGGGCCAGGACAUCCAGCCUGCCAAAUUCCGCUUCCAUUCUCCUCAGAGACUUCACCUCAAGGGCCGCAAUUCUGCCAGCCCCAGUCAAUCAGGGGGGUUGGAAACCGACACGGAUGAAGAAGCUUUAGGGAAGUAUCAAAGGAACCGUAUUAUUUAUGAGGAUAUAUGGAAUGAGACUUACUCCUGGGUGGGGGCUAGCACUCUGGGAGAGAKCUAUGCCUACUGCAGUCUGUGCGAUCUUAACCUCAACAUCUAUCACUCAGGUCUAUUUGACCUGAAGUGUCACUCACAGUCCAAGAAGCACCGCAAGCUUUCCCUGACUGCCAGUGAUGGCACCCUAACGCCAGAGUCAGGGAAAAGCAGACAGGGCAGCUGCAGCGACCUUCCACCCUGUAGUGAGUUGGUCUUUCGCUUCAUUCAAGCCAACUGUGUCUCUGGUCCCUCCGCGGCUGGGGACCAAGUGUCUAACAGAUACGGCCAGUAUGUCCUGGGACUACAGUACCCAGAGGACAUAGUGUCUGCCUGCCAAAAGACUCCUUACUGCAUAUACAUGUACGGAGGAGUGGUGCUAGGGCAGAGUGACAUGGCUUCUGUGGUUCUAGUGGGGUAUUUUGAUGUAAAGGCAGCCAGGCACUGCAUCAGGCUGUUGGAUGUUCUGCAGCCUCCAAAUGAUGACAAUGCUGGAGAGAAAACAGCUGCAGCUCUGGUGGAGGACUUGGAGAGGUUUGGGCUUCCUGCAGCUAACCUCGCUGCUCUCUACUCAGAUGGUAAUGGUUCUGCCUCAGAGCCAAUAUGCUCACAACUCAGGGAACUCAACCCCAACAUGGUGAUGCUAAGUGGGCUGUAUGGAGUGGCUGAUGCAGCCUGCCAUGCUGGGGUGUCGGAGCUCUCCACUCAGGCCCAGGAGCUUAUUGUAGAUAUCUACUCUCACUACUCCUCCUGCUCCACCAAGGAUGACAACCUGAAGGAACUGUUUUCCAGCAUUAGCGGUACUGAUGGCCUCACCCUUCCCCUCACCACCUGCUGCCUUAACUUCUGCAUGUUAGUCAGGAAGGUUUUGGGAAUGUGGACCGAUCUCAUCUCCCACUUCAGCUCCUGUAACAAAGAGGAUAACAUAGAUAAUAAGGCUAAGCUGAUCUGCACACAGCUGCAGGAUCCCAAACUCAGGGCUAUCUUCAUGUUUCUGGACCAGGCCCUAGCGCCCCUCCGUGUCUUCCAGGAGCGACUGCAUCACCAUGAGGGCUCAGCCCGGGCGGACUUGGUGCAGAUCCUACAGGAUGCCAGCGGCCUCCUGCGCUCCUAUGCCUCCAGUUUCCUCCGUCCUCAAGCCGUCGUGCGCUUCCUUAAGGAACGUGACGCCUUUCUCCUCAAGACCACAAAGUUCCACCUGCCAGGGGCAGAGCUGAACGUGGGUGGGGCUGUAGUGGAGGACUUCCUGUGUGAGUCAUCAGAGACAGGAAGUGAAGCCCUGCAGUUAUUACAGGAACAGGCUCUGUCCUUCUACACAGCGCUCACAGCCAGCGUGGCGGAGGGGCUGCCUCUUAGUGACGGCGUGUUGAGGAGCAUGGCCCAGCUACUGAGCCCUCAGGGCAGGCUGAAGGUCACGGGGAAGGCUGUGGGAGAGCUGGGGGCCAAACUGGGACUCUGCAGCUCACCCGAGGAGAUCGGCCAGCUGAACAAGGAGUUCCUGGAAUACCAGCUGGCAGAGGAGGGAGAAAACAGAUAUGAUGGAGGGGUCCAGAAUGACUCGGCAGCACCCUCGCUGGAGAAACAUUGGAGCACUGUGCUGAAUGCUUCUGGGUCGACCACCAUCUUCAGGAAACUUAUUUUGACCCUCUUAGCCAUGCCCUGCCCCCCACUUGAAGCUCAGAAGGUCUUCACACAGGCUGUGGAGAAUGGGGAUGCUGCCCAGUUCGCUGACAGUGUGACAGACAGUGAGCUGGACUCCAUUCAGGAAGUAGACCUUACCAAUGAUAGCACUCUCUCAGACAACAUAAGUGUCAACGGGCUUGGCAGGAAGAAGAAAAGUCGAGGUCAUUCCAGAAAGAUUCCAUCAGAGGUGAAUUACCUUAAUGGGACAGUGAAGCCAUGCACAGUGCGGCUGCAGAAGAUAAUCAAUGGACCAAAGAAUGAGGACAAUACUGUGUUCGUUGAGGAUGAUGUCAUUUGGACAAAUACUAUGGAGGGCAACAUUAGGGGCAUUUAUGGCUGGGAGAGCAGCUUACGCCAGAAGCCACAGGCGAGAACUGUAUUUCCGUCUGGUGCCGAUGCUGGUGCCUGGGCCAAGCCACAGGUUCUUGACAACGACAGCAAAAGGGACCAGGAGUCCGAGGCUGCGACGCCCCUGAAGAAUGAGAAUCAAACAUCAGCAUCCAAUGUGUCUACUCCGAGUCCCAGGGCAGCAAAGAAGGGCGUUAAUUACCAGGAUGGGAAGGGUUUCCCCACUGGAGAGCUGGUGUGGGGAAAGGUGAAGUGCUUCUCCUGGUGGCCUGGACUGGUGGUGCUCUGGAAGUCCAACAAAACACCGCCUGUAUCCAUGCGCCGGGUAGAGUGGUUUGGAGACGGCAUGUUUUCCGAGAUCUGUACAGAGAGGCUUCUGCGUUUUGCAGCUUUUGCGAAGUGCUUCUGCAAGAAUUCCUAUGCCAGCUUGCCCACCUACAAAGAUGCCAUCUACCAGGUCCUUGAGUUGGCUGGUGAACGCUGUGAGAAGUCCUUUCUUGCAGCGGGGAAUAAACAAGAGGAGCUUAAGUUGAUGCUGAACUGGGCCCACAGUAGAUUCCAGCCCACUGGACCAGAUGGGUUCAACCCCCCAGCCCCUGCAGAUUUGAAGGCAGAAUCUUCAGACUCAGCUCUGUCAGACUACCAACCCCCAGCUAAGAAGAAGUCUGUGAAUAAGAACAGACCAUCCUCUGGGAAUCAGGGCUACAGCAGAGGGGCAAUGGUACAAGAGGUUAUGAAAGGCAAGAAAAUUGAAGAAUUCUGUUUAUCAUGUGGAACCCCCCAAAUCCACACCUUCCACCCACUGUUUGAAGGGAGUCUCUGCCAGAAGUGUAAGGAGAACUUUAUUGAGACUUUGUACAGAUACGACGAAGAUGGCUACCAGUCCUACUGCACUGUUUGUUGUGCUGGCCAAGAGGUCAUUCUGUGUGGCAAUGCCAGCUGUUGCAGGUGUUUCUGUAAGGACUGCCUGAACYUUUUGGUUGGCGAUGGAACCUUUAACCAGCUGAAGGACGUGAACCCAUGGAGCUGCUUCAUGUGCUUACCAUCCCAGUGCAACGGAUCACUCAAGCUACGGCCUGACUGGAGCGUGCGUGUUCAAGAGUUCUUCGUCAACAACAGUGCCCUCGAAUUUGAACCCCACAGGAUGUAUCCCUCCAUCCCUGCACAUCAACGCAGACCCAUCCGGGUAUUGUCUCUCUUUGAUGGGAUUGCCACAGGGUACCUGGUGCUCAAAGACCUGGGCUUCAUCAUAAAACGCUACAUUGCCUCUGAGAUCUGUGGGAACUCGAUUGCUGAGGGUAUGAUCAAACACCAGGGCCAGAUAGAGCAUAUCAACGACGUACGCACCAUCACCAGGAAACAUCUGGCUGAAUGGGGUCCCUUUGACCUCCUGAUUGGAGGAAGCCCCUGCAAUGAUCUGGCCUGCGUCAACCCUGCUCGGAAGGGCUUAUUUGAGGGCACAGGCAGGCUGUUCUUUGAAUAUUACAGGAUGCUGACCAUGAUGAGGCCAAGGGAAGAUGAUGAUCGGCCAUUCUUCUGGCUCUUUGAAAAUGUGGUGGCCAUGAGCGGUCAUGACAAGGCUGACAUCUGUCGCUUCCUUGAGUGCAAUCCCAUCCUGAUCGAUGAAGUAAAAGUGAGCCCAGCUCACAGAGCUCGCUACUUCUGGGGAAACCUCCCGGGCAUGAACAGACCUCUAGCUACCUCUCUGGAUGACAAAGUGAACCUGCAGGAUUGUCUGGAGCUUGGACGCACGGCCAAGUAUAACAAAGUUCGUACCAUCACCACCAAGUCCAACUCCAUCAGACGGGGGAAGAUGGGGCCCCUACCUGUCGACUUUAAUGGCAAGGAGGACACCCUUUGGUGCGCAGAGAUGGAGAAGAUCUUUGGCUUUCCCAAGCAUUACACUGAUGUCAACAACAUGGGUCGGAGCCAGCGGCAAAAAGUACUGGGCCAAUCAUGGAGUGUACCAGUUAUCAGGCACCUCUUCGCGCCACUCAAGGACUACUUUGCCUGUGAGUAGGAACCUCACGUUCCUGUAUGCUGCACUGUCAACAACAACAGCAACAUGAAAUGGCUGAUUGUUGGAGGGGAGGAUAAAAACAGUAUACUUAUCCUGCCCUGCUUUUCAGCAAAUUAAAUUAUCUUGUGUUUAUCAGACUGACCUCAAUCAUAUUAGUCUUUUUGUACCACUGUCUGUAUUGUCUGUUUUAUUUGUUUUCAGUUAAUGAGCAGCUGUUUCAAUGCAGUGUGGUCAUAUAAUCACAGUAUUCCCAGAAUGCACUGACACUUUUUGGUUAUUUCGGUUUGUCUGGAGUAGUUCACGUUUGUCAAUGAUGGUGAGGUCAGACCUCAAACCCUGCCCACUAUCUACCUCAAUACUGAUCUGUGUCUUAAAUCUGCAGUUUUCUGUAUUUCAUAAAAUUUUAUAAAUAGUCAUAAAAUCAUAUUCACUUGUAAAUAUGACUGAACCUUCUAAUGUUUUGUUACUUGUUUGGAAAAAAAGAUCCUCUGAGAAUUGAAAAUCUGAAAUUCAUAUUCAAACUAAGGCAGAAAAUGUGCCUCGUGUUUGUUUUGUAUUUUAACUUGGCCAAUAUUCACCAUUGUUACUCUCUCUGUGGUGCUAGAGUGUGUUUAGGUUUUUAAUGAUAGAGUUGGUCACAGGACACACAUUUUGACUUACAUUGUUUCACUUGCCAUUUAUAGACUUUAAUUUGGGUGAUAUAGUCAAGCAUGUGGAUACUAUAUAUACCUGCAUGCUUAUUUUCUUCAAAGAAAAAGUUGCUGAAAGCCAGUCCUAGCAGCUUUGAUUUAAAUAGUAAGCUGUGUACAUUCUCCCUCUCUCUUGGAGCAAUGGGCAGAGGAACGGUUUUAAUUGCAAGUGCCUACUAAACAAUUGUUUAAAACCCAGGAACAACACGUGUAGAACUAUUUUUCUCCUGUAAUUAUUAUUAAUUCUUUAUUAUUUCAAAGGGAGCUGGACAAAGCUCUGACGAAAGGAAUACAUCAUAAACGUUGUCUCGUAAUCCUUUCAGUAAAUCAGACAGGCAGCGUGUAAGUUUGUGAAAGCAACUAUUUUAAAAUUCCCUUGUAUGUUCUUAGGGUGCUGAUGAAGGUCACAUGGAGGGCCUAGUCAUAAAAUACCCACUUCGGUUUCAUGCCUGUGUUUGACGUGUGCUGUUAUGACCAGUAGACUGUGUGUUAAGUUGAAGUGAUGUUUUAACUCCAGUGUUCUGUUCACCUCUCUCAACAAGUUUGUUGAAAUAUACCACAACACAACCAUCUUUCAUAGAACAACUUGAAGUUACUCUACAUUCUGAAAUCAUAAGUACUGUUUGUCAUUUGGGGUUAUUGAGAUUCUUAACUCAUUAUCAGUUUAGUUUUGAAUCCUUGUUCCCCUCCAGCAUCCAUACCUUCCUCUCGUGCUGUGUGUCAGUGUGGUGAAUGACAUCAAACUUCUCUUAACUCAGAGAGCGAACACAUACUCGAUACCAAAUGUGUUUUUUCUUACCAUUUCUGUUUUUAAUAAGCACCAUCAGUUGAACACCGUCUGGACUGUGAUUUGCGUACGUAAGAUGCUGGCCUUAUUAAUUCGUUUUUUUWAAUGAAACAAAAGGAAUGAACAAUAUCGUUCUGUGUACUGUGUUUYAAUAAUACUUUUAUACCAAUACCUCAAAUGUUAUGUUAUUAGGGUCUUCACUAGACUCCUAUUGGUGCUAUAUUAUGCAAUUGUUUUCUUAUUUUCUUGCAUGGUAUGUUUAAUAUUGGUCAGGUUGUAUAAAACAUGUCUACUUGUCCACAGACUAGUUUAAUGUAUAGUUGUCAGUCUCAUAACCCCAUGUAAAGCUUUUGUCCCACGUUUACAGUCGUGUUAGAGAUUAGAAAUAAACUUCCCAAAUUGUAUUAUUUGUA